UCACCUAUGGCUACCUAAGCUAACCUCUGCCGUUUCUCUCGUCAUUCACACUCCAAUCUUCCAUGUGAAAUCGCCACCGCCUCACCUAUACAUACAUACAUAUAUAUAUAUAUAUGUCUAUAUACACGCCCCCAAUUAACUUCUACAUAUUUCAUCAUUUCCUCUCUGCUGUGUUGUGUUGUGAUCAUCAGAUUCAGAGAUGUGGUUUCGUUAAUCAGGACAGGGGAGGGAGGAAAAACCUCACUCAGAUUUUCCUACUCGAACCAGAAGGAAAUGCGACUGCAGAAUGAUCCAUUCAACAAUCAACAACAUAAUCAUUCCGCGUUGGACGAUUCUUGAUCGAGUUUUUACGUUCGAUUCUUCUACUGAUCGGUACUGAUGGAGACGAAGCUCACUUUCGGUUUCGUUGUUGCUUUGAUUUCUGUCUCCGUUUUCUUCGAUUCUAGUUUUGUUCGUGCUCAAUCAGCCUCGGGAGAUCCUUUCAACUACAUAUUUGACGAACACAAUGCCGGUUCGUGGAAGGACGAAAUAAUGAGUUCUAUAACCCAAGUUCCCGGCCGCGGCGCUGACGAUACACCAAAACUUGUAUUGGCGGCGAAUAGGACAGAGAGGCCCGACAUUCUCUCCGAAUUUCGAAAAUACAGAGGCGGAUGGGAUAUCUCCGAUCGACAUUAUUGGGCUUCUGUCGGAUUUACAGGUGCUCCGGUUUUUAUUCUUGCCGUAUUAUGGUUCGUCGUAUUUGGAGCCGCGCUUUUGGUUUAUUACAUCUGUGGGAGGAAGCUCAACAUCUGUGGCCAAAGUUCCAGCUGGUCGUCGAAGAUUUGCAUCAUAUUUCUCGCUGUCUUUACAUCUGCGGCAGUGACUGGAUGCAUUUCACUUUCCGUUGGACAAGAAAAAUUUCACAAAGAAACAUUCGACACCGUGGAUUAUCUUGUGAACCAGUCGGAGUACACCGUGCACGUGCUGAGAAAUGUCACGGGAUAUCUGUCGCUCGCGAAGAACAUCAGCGUCGCGAAGAAUUUCCUUCCAUCGGAUGUCAUGGACGACAUCGACAGAGUAAAUUUGGAACUGGAAAACUCUGCCGAUACUUUGGAGGUGAAAACUAACGAGAAUUCGGCCGAAAUACAGAAAAUCUUCGACGCAGUAGAAUCGGCGCUGAUCGCUGUUGCUGUGGGAACGCUUCUUGUAUCGAUUCUAGGCCUCGUGCUGUCGAUCUUUCGCCAUGGCCACAUAAUUCACAUAUUCAUCGUUAGCGGAUGGCUACUCGUCACAAUUACGCUCAUCCUCUGUGGAGCUUCGACUAUCAUCGACAACUCGAUAUCCGACGCUUGUAUGGCCAUGGAAGAAUGGGUAGAGAAUCCGCAUUCGGAGACGGCCCUGAGCGACAUCCUGCCGUGCGUCGACGAGAGCACGACAAACCAGACCCUGUUCAAGAGCAAACAAGUCAUCAACGAUAUCGUAAACAUCGUCAACGAGUUUUUGGGCUCGGUCGCAAACUCGAACCCGAACCCGACCCCGAACCCGUCUUCGUCGUACUACAACCAAUCGGGCCCGUCGAUACCCCCGCUCUGCUACCCGUACGACUCCGAGCUGCAAGAUCGAAACUGCUCGGCACAAGAGCUAUCUUUCGACAAUGCGACUCUUGCUUGGCGGAGUUACGCUUGCGUUGCGACGGAAGAUGGCGUCUGCACCACCACCGGGCGGCUGACUCCCGAGAUGUACGCGGAGCUCGUCGCUGCGGUGAACGUCGGGUACGCGCUCGAACACUACGCCCCGCCGUUGCUAAACCUUCGGAACUGUAAUUUUGUGCGGGACACGUUCAGAAACAUCGCACGGAACUAUUGCCCGCCGUUGGAAUAUUAUAUCGGCGUCGUGGAUGCCGGAUUGGCGUUGAUCUCGGCCGGGGUGAUGAUCAGCACCGCCCUGUGGAUUGCGCGCGCUGACCGGAAUCCGAUGCAGGUCGGGAGCGUUUGUUCGGAAUCGUCGGCGCCGACGCCGCCGCCGGAGGAGGAGGAGAAGAAGAAGGAGUUGGAGUAAUGUAAGAUAUAGAUAUAUACACAUAUGUACGUAUAUACACAUAUGUACGUAUAUACGUAUAGAUAGGAGUGAAGUUUGUUGGCGUAUAUACUCGGCCAAGCUCGAAGAGUUGUGGGCUGGUUUGCUUAUAGCGUUGUUACGUUGUUGUGUGAUGGAGUGAUUUGUCGUUAUAUAUGACCGUAUUCUCUUUUAA